GAUCAAGGCUCUCUCCCCUCCCUCCCCCCCCAACUCUCCUCGCCCAAGUUCUCGGGCAUGUGAGUCCCCACUUUUUGUAUCAUGUCUCUGGAGGGUCUGGAAGUCACCCAGAAUGUGGCAGAUCUGGAAGCCCUCUUGAGGGGAGCGGAGGCCAUCCAUGUGAUGGAACAGCAGAUCGUGAUCAUUUCCACGCCAGACCCGCUGCCCGCGCCCGAAGGAGAGAACGACACCGAGCUGCUCCUCUUCGCCACUCCGCAGCCGGCCCGGUUGGAGACCACAACGCAGAGGCCUGCUCUGGAACGGCCACCGGUAAAACGGAAGUUGAACUUGGAGACUGACCACCAGUACAUUGCAGAGAGUGCUCAAGCAACCCGAGGAAAAGUGAAAAAUCCUGUCAAAGGGGUAAAGUCUCCUGGAGAGAAAUCCCGCUAUGAGACCUCUUUGAAUUUGACCACCAAACGUUUCCUGGAGUUGCUGAGACAAUCGCCUGAUGGGGUUGUGGAUCUCAAUUGGGCUGCAGAGGUGCUGAAGGUGCAGAAGAGGCGGAUCUAUGACAUCACAAACGUCCUGGAGGGCAUCCAGCUGAUCACCAAGAAGUCCAAGAACCAUAUCCAGUGGCUGGGUGGCCGGUCUGCUGUGGGAGGUACCAGGAGCCAGGAGUUGGUGAAGGAGCUCCAGGAUCUUCAGGUUGCAGAACAACAACUGGAAUCUCUCAUCCAGAUGUGUACUACUCAGUUCAAGCUCCUCACUGAAGACCCUGAGAACAAAGGUUCAGCUUAUGUGACCUGCCAGGACCUGCGCAGCAUUGCAGACCCCUCUGAACAGCUGGUGAUGGUGAUCAAGGCCCCUCCAGAGACACAGAUGCAAGUCUCUGACCCAAAAGAGGCUUUCCAGAUUGCUGUGAAAAGCACCCAGGGCCCCAUUGAUGUGUUCCUGUGUCCAGAAGAGACCUCUGGGGUCUGCAGUCCCACCAAGAGUCCACUGAAAGUAGCUGGUGAGGAACCUUCUCCUCCUGUGUCUUCACAAGCAGCAGCGACAACAGCCUCAGUGCUUCUGAACCCCUCCCAGGAGAUGACCUUGCCAUUGCUGAGUGGAGAACAAGCAGAGCCCUUGUUGUCUGGAGUGAGUACGCUGCCCCUGAAGUGCCCUGGGGAUGACGUAAACCUCUCACCACUGGCCUCUGUGGAUGCCCUGCUCCAGCAAGGCAAAGAUGACUUCUCAAGCUUCCUGCCUUCUGAAUUCAUUGCACUUUCACCACCCCAGACCCAGGACUAUCACUUUGGGCUUGAGGAGGGGGAAGGCAUCAGCGAGCUCUUUGACUGUGACUUUGGAGACUUCACUUCCUUGGAUUUCUGAGCAUCCCCUGGUGUCAAGGGCGGGAACACCACUCAGCUGGACCUGUUCCACAUCAGGACAUCCUCUCAGAGCUGACAUCUGAAUGUAACCACAAGGCCAUCUCUGGCCUCCUGGGCCAACAUUCUGUGGAGCAGCUUCCAGAGGAAGGAAUCAAGAAGGCCUUAGUCAAGGCAGCAGCCGCAGAGUGGAUGGGUAGGUGGGAUUCUCUUCCUGCCUAUUGCCUGUCACCUCACCAUGACAGAGAAAGGUGGCUGUGAAGUUAGUUGCUGCUGUGAAUAUUGAAGGCCUCUUCCUGUGAUCUUAUUUGGGGGAAGAAGAGGUUUUGACUGGCAGUACCUCAAGUCUGCCACAUCUAGGCCCUUGUUGUAAUGGCUAGAGGUCUAUGGUUAGAGUCACCUUGAUUCUCUGAUGCCACACUUUGUAGGGGUAGUCCUAGCAACGCUGAGCCCUACCAACGGCUAAUUUGAUUGUUGCUGGAUCACUCCUUUCCCCCCGUUAUCAAUUUAAGUCAUUUAGUGGUGGGAGGAACCCCUCAGGUGAGAGGCUUCUCCCUCUCAGUGAGCUAUUUGCCCUCAUGCCAUAGAAAGCAUGGCUUGCUGGAAGUGCUCUGCCAGCAAACAUGAGUCCAUUCCCUUACUCUCAGAGCAAAAUUUCCUUCAGGAGGCAAGUCAGUUGUGUUGUUCCGCAUAUUGCUGUUGUGGGCAGGGAGGGAUUCACCUUUCUGCCACCCAGCUGUGGGGGAAAGGGGCAUAAGCGGUACUUCUAAUAACCAUCAGCAAUAACCUGACACAUCAGGUCUUUGGGGUGGGUUGGCCCUGAGGCGUAAUUAACCUUACAGUUCAGGGAUAAGAAAAGUUAUUUUGCUGGCAAAAUGUAAACCUGAGAUUUGUAAUCUGGUAAUGUAAUAAUGGCCAUGUUGAGGAAAGAGAGCCAAGUAGGUGAAUCUGGACCGGGUGGCACCAAGGGAGUCUUUUGUUAAAGACAAGCUGCUGGAGUUGGCGAAGCAAAAUGGGUAACUAGACGUGCUUAGAAAGGUGAAGGGUUUUCUUUUUUUUCCCCCACCCCAUCUUUUUUUUUAAAAAAUCUGUUUGAAAGGGGGAGGUGAGCUUUCUGAAUACAAGGUAUCAAAGAAUAAGAGCUUAAGUUUUUGCUGAAGAUUAACACAGAUCUUGUUCUUGGAGUUACUCAUGAUAAAGCUUUAAGGAGAGUUCUGUAUAGACUAUUUAUUUAUUUUGGGCUUUUUUUUCCCCCUCCCCUACUCCCUCCGCCCCCGCCACCCUUUCUUGGAAAGCUUCUGAUCCUCCCCCAGACUCUAAUGGGAUGUGUACAUAUUUGGGGAUGGGAUAGGGGUGUGUGUGUGUGUGUCUUUUUUUUUUUUUUAAGAAUAGUUGCCUAGGUGGCCAGUGUGUUCGGUUGUCCUUAUCGUUGUGCAGAAGACGGAUAAGGCAAGUGGAAAAGAAUUAAGGCAGGGAGUAAAUGUUUCUGCAACAUUUUAUGUGAGCAGGGGGAGAGGCCAUAAGGCUUGCUUAAGGGGCUGUAGCCCAGAUAAUAUGGUAAGCCAAGUGAUGAAGGCCUUUUCUUAUGAGACUGCCUGUUGUUCCUUGUGAAGCAAACUAUGAGAUGCUGACUCUUGCCUUCACAUUGCUCCUGCCUUCCCCAUGCGAAGCACUGUGGGAUUAUCCAGAUUUCAGGAAUUUGUAUUAUUUAUUUAUUAUUUAUGUGGCUCUACCCAGUACUUUUGAAAGGCAAGAAAAGUAUCUGUGAAGGAGGCUGCAUGAAGUAGAAUUCUGCAGGCCCAAAUAUGUGGGAAAGAGGGCCAUCUUUUAUCCUGUUAGAUUAGCUAACCUAGCAAUUGAAAAUGGAGGGACAAAGGUUUUGAGAACGAAUAUGCUAGUGGAUUGUGUAGAUGAGCUAUUGGGACCUGAUAACAAGAGGUUGCUGACUAUGCCAUCCACACGAUGGAGUGUGACUGAUUAAGAUUGCUCUAUUGAAAUGUUAUUUAUUGGUAGAAAGUGAACCCCAGGUUCAUGUUGUAGAGAAAUGUUUGGGGAUGGGUUGGGGAUGGAGAGAAAGAGAUAGAGAAAAAGAGAGACACUGGGCUAGUAUAUGAGUUUUAGUAAGGACUGGCUCUAUUCUGGACUUAUCUAUGUUGAUGAGUAGAUCUAGCUGUAAGAAGUCAAUGUGGAAGGGGGCUUUUUAGUGAAACUCGAAAGGUGUAAAUGUUGCCAGCUUGAUUAAGAGUUGUGGCUAGCAUGUGGCAAAAUAGUAAUUGGUGCUGCUCCUUGGGUGCCUUUCUAUUUCUUGGGACUAGAACUUUUUUGGAUUACACUUCCCAGAAUAUGCCAGCCCAUGUGGCUAGUAGCUAGUGGCCCUGCUAGUUGGGGCCUUCAGGGAAUUACAAAAAAGUAAUUUUCCUAAGUUCCGCAAUAAAUACUACUUUUUUUUUAAUCAACUGGAACUCGCCAAAGUCAGCUCCUGCUUAGCAGGAGCUUCUGUUGCUCUACAAAAAGGCAGCUGCCACAUUGUAUGUAUGUGUUUGUGUAUAUGUGUGACGUGUUUUUGUAUUUUUGUGUGUGGGCUGAGGAGAGCUUUAAUACUCAAGUUGAUGUCUGUAGGAAGUCUUUAUGGCGGUAGGUUGAUGGGUCUAUUUUGACCAUCUGGGCUAGUUAUAUAUGGAAGAGAAGCCAUGUGGGCUUGUGGGAGUAAUGAGAAGGCUUCUCAUCCCAUUGUGGCAUCUGGUCUUGGGCUAUCCUAAAUGGGACCAAAACUCUUCCUGAGUUGAGAGGUUAUGUGGGAAUGACGCCUCUCCAGAGCUGGGUCUUCCUGACUGUCAAAUACAGCAGUAAUCUUGGGGUCAAAUUUAAUUGGGCAAGUGGUUACAUAUCGUGAUGGAGGUUUGUAGUGCAUCUACUACUUAGAUUCCCUCCUCACCUACUGUGUUGAGAGAUCAAGCAACGCUGAAGUGACCAAUACUUAAGAAUAACCCUCUAGCCUAGGCUCUGUAGCAAAUGCUUAAAGAGAAGUAGCUUACUGUCCCAACUCUCAGUCUGUCAUAUUGCUGAAUAUAUGUAACAAAGUCUGUCUUGAGCCCAUUGCUAAGAGCUAUAUUUUCACCACCACCCCUGCUCUAGCAAGGGUGACAUGUUCUCUUUUUUACACCUUUAUCCCAGUCAGGGCCUUACUUUGUAUUUCAAAUAACCAGCAAUGUAGGAGCCUGUUCAUAUUUACAUGAGCAACUUUCCCCCAUAAUGUAUGUCCUCAGAGCUCCAGUCACUUUCAGGUAGUCUCUCCUUUGGAACACAGAUGCCUUCCAGAGAACAGCUGUUGCUUUUAAUUGAGGAUCUAGGAAUGAAGCAAAAAUGACUUCUCAGAUUCAGUAAUUUUUCUUGGCAUGCCUCAGUUCCAUAAGUCUCUUUUAGAGUUAGUUGCCUGUGGACCAGGAGUUAAGAACUUGUAACACUGCAGAUACUAAUGAACUAAUUUUCAUGCUAUGCCUCACCACUGGCCAGCCUAGCUCAGGCAAAGAGGAGUUGGAGCUGAAUAAAAGUGGAAAGAUAUGCAUUUUCCUCAGCCCUGCUUUGGACCUUUCUCAUUCAUUGUGGUAAGCAGCAAACUUAUAUUUUACUGACAUUCAGAGGCAAGAUGGCUGCUAUCUUCCUUCGUAAUUUCAGAAUGCAUUGUUUUCAUCCAUCCUUCAGCAUUCAGCUUCUGUUUGAAAUGGAAGGCUCUCCCACAUUUGCUUUUCAGGUGACUUGCUUCAUGUUUCUCUUAUCCUGCCUCUGUAGAUAACCAAUCCUGUGGUGGAGUGAUCCAGAGGUUAGAAAGGGUGACUAUUUGUAAAAAAAAAAAGGCUUUUAUUCCAUUUGAGUUAUUACCUUAUGUGUGUUAAGACACACCAAACAGCAGUGGGGGUUUUACUGCCAGAGACAGCAGUUGUCACCACAGGAAAUAUGGAAAGUAGGUAAUGAAGACAACCUUAAUAAGGCUUCUGUAUUUCAAGAGGGAGAAAAUCUAGAAAUGCAAAGCACUCAGCUUGGGUAAAGAUGUAAAACUACCAAUACUACACAGCCUGUGAGAUGAAUGUGUCUGGUGCAAGGUGGAAGAAUCAAACUCAAAAAUGUGGAGAUAUUAUCUGCAGGACCUUCUGUUGAAAUGGUGAUCUAAAGGCCUUUAGUCAGAACAUCUUAGCAGUUACAAAGGGGGAUACUCAGCCACUUAGUGUAGCAAUUAAAACAAAUGAGGAGCAUGGGGGUCAACCUCACUGCUUAUGGAUAAGGACCCUGCUGUGAAAAGAGUCCUGCAUAAUGGUAUUCCAAGCAACUUGAAGCCCAAAGCAGCUGCAGGAAGUUCUACUGGUAGGAGCCCAAGAGUCAAGCCCAAGAGAUGGGGACAAGCAGGCUGUCUCCCUGGUUGUGUAACCCAAGUGGUAGCACAUAGUAAUGCUCAGUAUAACAAGCCUUGAAAUCUGCAGAAGCAACAACAUCAGGACUUAACUGUUAAGUGUGUGUGAGGUUCUCUUUCCAGCAGGUCUGUGUUUUCUCCUUCAAGUGAGAAACAUGGACAAGUCCAAAUGGAAGUCUGCUUGUGUCACAUUUUUUAUUAAAAUUGAAAGCACAGCAACAGUAUCUUCAGCCCCAGCAAAAGGAGUGGAAUGUGCCCUGAGGUGGAUGCUGUAGUGUAAGUACUGUAGAAUCUGAGCAUUCAGAGAAAGCAAUGGUGAGAUGACUGGCUAGAGGCUAUUGGGAUAUUGUAGUGGUUCUUCAGCAUUGCACCAUUUUUGUACAUGGCCAGCCAGGAGCUCUGGGUGACAAGACAGCUAGAUGUGUUGCAGAACACUUCGACAAACCUUAGUGCCUCAGAACUGGGGGAAAUGCACUUAUGUGUGUGCCUUUUUUAAAAAAUAACAAGUCUUGUUCAUGAUUUGUGCUUUUAGUUUUAAUAAAUAUUUCCACUUCAU